GUAACAGAGAAGCGGCCGCGGCGGUAGAGGCGGCGGAGACGGUUUCUCCAUCUUCCCCCCCUCCCCUUCCCCCCUCGGAGUUUCCCUCCCUCCCUCCCUCCCUCCUUCCCAGUCUGGGCACCGGGGCCUGUGACCGCUUCAUUAGCGAAGAGGAGGCUGCCAGUUCUCUUUGGCGGGCCUGUGCCCCGCGCGGUUCUCGGGGCCUCCCUGCUGAGCCUGAGGCUCACGCCGAGAGGGACACGCAGUGAGGAGCGGCCCGAGUAGCUUUGCGGUUUUGUAGUGCAUCCCUGAGCAUGAACGCAGAAUGAAGCGACGUUUGGAUGACCAGGAGUCACCGGUGUAUGCGGCCCAGCAGCGUCGGAUCCCUGGUAGCACAGAGGCUUUUCCUCAUCAGCACCGGGUGCUUGCCCCUGCCCCUCCCGUGUAUGAAGCGGUGUCUGAGACCAUGCAGUCAGCCACAGGAAUUCAGUACUCUGUGACACCCAGUUAUCAGGUUUCAGCUGUGCCACAGAGCUCUGGCAGUCAUGGGCCCACCAUAGCAGCGGUUCAUAGCAGCCAUCAUCACCCAACAGCUGUGCAGCCCCAUGGAGGCCAGGUGGUCCAGAGUCAUGCUCACCCAGCUCCACCAGUUGCACCAGUGCAGGGACAGCAGCAGUUUCAGAGGCUCAAGGUGGAGGAUGCACUGUCCUAUCUUGACCAAGUGAAGCUACAGUUUGGUAGUCAGCCUCAGGUCUACAAUGAUUUCCUUGACAUCAUGAAGGAAUUUAAAUCUCAGAGCAUUGACACUCCAGGAGUGAUUAGUCGUGUGUCCCAGCUGUUCAAAGGCCACCCUGACCUGAUCAUGGGCUUCAAUACCUUCUUGCCCCCUGGCUACAAGAUUGAGGUGCAAACCAAUGACAUGGUGAAUGUGACAACUCCUGGCCAGGUUCAUCAGAUCCCCACCCAUGGCAUCCAGCCCCAGCCUCAACCACCACCCCAGCAUCCUUCCCAGCCUUCAGCCCAGUCUGCUCCAGCUCCUGCCCAGCCAGCUCCUCAGCCCCCACCUGCCAAAGUCAGCAAGCCUUCCCAACUACAAGCACAUACUCCAGCCAGUCAGCAGACUCCCCCUCUCCCACCAUACGCAUCCCCACGUUCUCCACCUGUCCAGCCUCAUACACCAGUGACAAUCUCGUUGGGAACAGCCCCGCCCUUGCAGAACAAUCAGCCUGUGGAGUUUAACCAUGCCAUCAACUAUGUCAAUAAGAUCAAGAACAGGUUCCAGGGCCAACCAGACAUCUACAAAGCGUUCCUGGAGAUUUUGCACACAUAUCAGAAAGAGCAGCGAAAUGCCAAGGAAGCUGGAGGAAACUACACUCCAGCAUUGACUGAGCAGGAGGUGUAUGCCCAGGUGGCUCGUCUUUUUAAAAAUCAGGAAGAUCUGUUGUCAGAGUUUGGACAGUUCCUACCAGAUGCCAACAGCUCCGUGCUUUUAAGCAAAACAACUGCUGAGAAGGUGGAUUCCGUGAGAAAUGACCAUGGAGGCACUGUAAAGAAGCCUCAACUAAACAACAAGCCACAGAGGCCCAGCCAGAAUGGCUGCCAGAUCCGCAGACACUCUGGAACAGGAGCCACCCCUCCAGUGAAGAAGAAACCCAAACUGCUCAGUCUCAAGGAUUCUUCUAUGGCAGAUGCCAGCAAGCAUGGUGUAGGAACAGAAUCGUUAUUUUUUGAUAAGGUCCGAAAGGCUCUGCGGAGUACAGAGGCCUAUGAAAAUUUCCUGCGCUGUCUUGUUAUUUUUAACCAGGAGGUGAUCUCUCGGGCUGAGCUUGUGCAGUUAGUCUCUCCUUUCCUGGGGAAAUUCCCAGAAUUGUUUAACUGGUUUAAAAACUUUCUGGGCUAUAAGGAAUCUGUACAUCUGGAAACCUUUCCAAAGGAACGAGCCACAGAGGGCAUUGCCAUGGAGAUAGACUAUGCCUCUUGUAAGCGGUUGGGCUCCAGCUAUCGAGCCCUACCAAAGAGUUAUCAGCAGCCCAAGUGCACAGGACGGACUCCUCUUUGUAAAGAGGUUUUAAAUGAUACCUGGGUCUCCUUCCCCUCCUGGUCUGAGGACUCCACCUUUGUUAGUUCCAAGAAAACUCAGUAUGAAGAACAUAUCUAUCGUUGUGAAGAUGAACGCUUUGAGCUUGAUGUAGUAUUAGAGACCAAUCUGGCAACCAUCCGGGUUCUGGAAGCAAUACAGAAGAAGCUUUCCCGCUUGUCUGCUGAGGAACAAGCCAAAUUUCGCUUGGACAACACCCUCGGGGGCACAUCGGAAGUUAUCCAUCGAAAAGCACUCCAGAGGAUAUAUGCUGAUAAAGCAGCUGACAUCAUUGAUGGUCUGAGAAAGAACCCCUCCAUUGCCGUCCCAAUUGUCCUUAAAAGGUUGAAGAUGAAAGAGGAAGAAUGGCGAGAAGCUCAGAGAGGCUUUAAUAAGGUGUGGAGAGAACAAAAUGAGAAAUACUACUUGAAAUCUCUGGACCACCAAGGCAUCAACUUUAAACAAAACGACACCAAGGUCCUGAGAUCUAAGAGCUUACUCAAUGAGAUUGAGAGUAUCUAUGAUGAGAGGCAAGAGCAGGCUACGGAAGAAAAUGCUGGUGUGCCUGUUGGCCCACACCUCUCACUUGCCUAUGAAGAUAAGCAGAUUCUGGAAGAUGCUGCUGCUCUGAUUAUCCACCAUGUGAAGAGGCAGACAGGCAUUCAGAAGGAGGACAAAUAUAAAAUCAAGCAAAUCAUGCAUCACUUCAUUCCAGAUCUGCUCUUUGCUCAGAGAGGUGAUCUCUCGGAUGUGGAGGAAGAGGAAGAAGAAGAGAUGGAUGUAGAUGAAGCCACAGGGGCAGCUAAGAAGCACAAUGGUGUUGGGGGCAGUCCCCCUAAGUCCAAGCUACUGUUUAGUAACACAGCAGCUCAGAAGUUAAGAGGGAUGGAUGAAGUAUACAACCUCUUCUAUGUUAAUAAUAACUGGUAUAUCUUUAUGCGACUGCACCAGAUACUCUGCCUGAGGCUGCUGCGGAUUUGUUCCCAAGCUGAACGGCAAAUUGAGGAAGAAAACCGAGAGAGAGAGUGGGAACGGGAAGUGCUAGGCAUAAAGAGAGACAAGAGUGACAGCCCUGCCAUCCAGUUACGCCUCAAAGAACCUAUGGAUGUUGAUGUAGAAGAUUAUUACCCAGCUUUCCUGGACAUGGUGCGGAGCCUGCUGGAUGGCAACAUAGACUCGUCCCAGUACGAAGAUUCUCUGAGAGAGAUGUUCACCAUUCAUGCCUACAUUGCCUUUACCAUGGACAAACUCAUCCAGAGCAUUGUGAGACAGCUGCAGCACAUCGUGAGUGAUGAGAUCUGUGUACAAGUGACUGACUUGUACCUGGCAGAAAAUAAUAACGGGGCCACUGGAGGCCAGCUGAACACACAGACUUCAAGGAGUCUCUUGGAGUCAACGUAUCAGCGGAAGGCUGAACAACUCAUGUCAGAUGAGAAUUGCUUUAAGCUUAUGUUCAUUCAGAGCCAAGGGCAGGUUCAGCUGACCAUUGAGCUUCUGGAUACGGAAGAGGAGAACUCAGAUGACCCUGUAGAAGCAGAGCGCUGGUCAGACUAUGUGGAGCGAUACAUGAAUUCUGAUACUACCUCUCCUGAGCUUCGUGAGCAUCUAGCACGGAAACCAGUAUUUCUCCCAAGGAAUCUGCGGCGGAUCCGGAAGUGUCAGCGUGGUCGAGAGCAGCAGGAAAAGGAAGGGAAGGAAGGAAACAGCAAGAAAACCAUGGAGAAUGCGGAUAGCUUGGAUAAGCUGGAGUGUAGAUUCAAGCUGAAUUCGUAUAAGAUGGUGUAUGUGAUCAAGUCAGAGGACUACAUGUAUCGGAGGACCGCCUUGCUCCGGGCUCAUCAGUCCCAUGAGCGUGUAAGCAAGCGGCUACAUCAGAGGUUCCAGGCCUGGGUAGAUAAAUGGACCAAGGAGCAUGUGCCCCGUGAAAUGGCAGCGGAGACCAGCAAGUGGCUUAUGGGCGAGGGGCUGGAGGGCCUGGUGCCCUGCACUACCACCUGUGACACAGAGACCCUGCACUUUGUGAGCAUUAACAAGUACCGUGUCAAGUAUGGCACAGUGUUCAAAGCCCCAUAACUGCAAAGCCAGAGCAGAUAACUUGAGGGGAGGGUUGUGGGGGGGCAUAUGCCCUCCCACACACUGAAGAAACAAGGAAGAUGCCUUUCAAGCCUCACUGGGCCUCUCUGGGACAUGGCCACCUCAUCUGUGUGUGGCUGGUGCAACCUGGCACCAAGUGGGCUACAUAUAAGGAACGUGGAUACCUUACAAAGCCAGAGCUGGAACAUUUCCCAGGGGUUUUGGGUAUUAGCUUGCCCUGGAGAGGAAGGAAAUCCACGCAAGCACAGAGACAUGCAGUUUGCUUGCACACACCAGCAGAGCUAAGACUGGAGUCUCCUGGGGCCUGACCUUCGAAGAGGGAACCAGAUGCUAUUUACACCUUGACUGGAUUGGCGAGCACUGACAGACUGGGGAAGGACUCAUUGCUCAGAUGGAUUGUAACUCUGAUGAUCACUGCUCCUUUCCUCUCCCUGCAAAAGGAAAAAAACUGGAUUGGAUUUUUUUUUUUUCCUGGUCACUUGAGCACAUCUAAUCACCCAUUAGAUUUUUCUCUGGGACCUACAGUUUGGCUUUGAGAUUGAUCAUUUUGUGAAUUUGAUUCCUGACGAAUUCUUUGCUGCCUGCCCUUUACUCUCUCCUCUGGUUCUCAACCUCAAGUUCAAAUCAGUCCUUUUUAGGUCCCGUGGAACUGUUUUGUACCUGCUUCUUUACUAGUCUACCCUAGUGCCAUCCACCAGCUUUAUUCUCUCUCUCUCUCUCUCACAAACACACAGACACACAAUUUUAACUUUUUUUUUCUUUUUUGUAAAUAAUGUACAUACUGUCAAUUUUUUAUUAAAAAGAAAUAUGCUUUGAUGUGCUAGCAUAUCUGCUCUAGCUUCUUGUGUACCAUAGUUCUAUGUGGCUUCAGAUUUAGUACCUAUGAACAGAUGUACAAGACAUUUAUUACACUUUUUACCAAAGGGAGUUACCGUUGUAGUACUUUUGUGUAAAACUUGUCUUCUUCCUUGCCCCCAAUUUUUUUUUUUUUUUUUGUAAAUAAAUAAAGCUUGGUUCGUACUUAAGGAA